AUGCCAUCAGCUAGGUGCGUAGUUCAAGAGUGCAGCAACGUUUCUAAUCUUGGAGCUGGCAUAUCAUUGCAUCGUAGUCCUGCAGACAAAACGGAGUAUGGAAAAUGGUUGAGAUUUGUUCGUACGCACCGAGCAAAUUUCAAUCCCAAAGGCGUCUUUGUGAUCUGUUCGGGACACUUUCGAGAGGAAUGUUUCGAUGGGAUACAUAUGAAAGGUUCUAGACGCAAACUUCAGCCACUUUCUAUCCCAACGAUAUGGAAAAAAGAACCACAGAAACCUUUAUCGGAGAGAAGUCGACGGAAGGUAGGCUUUUUUUAAAAAAAAAGAUUAUAUACAGUAUUUAAAAUACUGUAUAUAUAAAGUUAAUUUAUACAUAUUUUGUAUUUAUUUUAUUUUUAUUUUACAAUCUUUGUCAAAUAAAUGACAGGUUAUACCCUCCUUUACUAUUGUCAAAAAUCUAAACUGAUUUUCAUGUGCCGAACCUAAUGCAAAUGAACUCAAACAAAGACUUUAGGCAUUUGCAUUAUUAGUUCGGCUUCGGCGCAUGAAAAAGUCGACAUAGAACGUGGCCUAUAAAGUCACAUGCAUGUCAUACAGGGUCUUAGCUAGGAUUUUAUAUCUUGGGCGUGUUUCUAAUGACCAGGGCGUGCACAUGUCAAUUACUUUGAAUAGCAAAAUAAUGGCUCUAGUUAUGCUCGCCAACAACAAUGCCUGUGGUUGUUCUAUGCUUUGCAGCCAAAUACAAGGCGAGCAUACGCUCAUAUUGCGCACUGACAAUUAAGUUAUUUCAACAAAAUUAAAACCAUUUCAACACCAUACAGUUCCCAUUAUCCAUCAAAACAUUAAAACAUCACGGAUCACUUUUGCCAAUUCAACAACAACAGUAGAUUCUACAAAUUUUCUUGACGUAAAUAGGAAGAAAUUCUGUCUGUCGUAAGUAUAGCACCACCUUAUUUUAUGAACCUAUAUACACGGCCUUAUAUAAAUAGUGAAGCCGCGUUCAUUUUAUCUAGCCGUGUUUUUGCACUUUUGGCCGCGAUAACACGGCCAACACGGCCCUCUAGCUAAGACCCUGAUGUCAUAUUGCAUUGAGAACGUACAAUACAUUUUAAGACAACUGGUCAACAUUUAUACUAUAAUAAACUUCUCAAAUUGUUUUCAGGUCAUCAAUGAAAUUCUCAGUGGCAAUGCAGAAAGUAGUCAAAAUAGUACCUCGUUUGGAAACGAAAACUAUGCUAACAGACCUAUAAACACGCCA